AUGGGAGGAAGGGUGUCCAGAGUUGAACCACCUAUAGUACCAACUGUUAACAUUAUAGAUGCUUCUAGAGAGAUAGCAGGAAGAGAUAGUAGAGAAGAAGCUUGGGGAAAGAAGACGAGGACAGGAGAGCACAGAGGAAGCACAGCUCAAAAUCUUGGGACACAUGGCAACCUCGCCAUCGUCUUAACCCACGGCGCUGGUACUGCUGAGUCCAUCUUCUGGUCCAUUACCGGCGACGCUGCUGCUACGGCUGUUGCCAACAGCACAAGCAACGCCAGUGCCCUUCCUCUGAGCACCGGGAACCUUGUCCUCGUAUCUGACCCAGCAGCAGUAGCAUCGCCGCUGUGGCAGAGCUUCGACUACCCAACGGACGUCGGCCUUCCCGGUGCCAAGGUAGGAUGGGACAAGGCGACAGGGUUCAGCCGGCAGUUCGUCUCGAAGAAGAGCCUGGUCGAUCCAGGUCGGGGCGUGUACUCCAUCGCGAUCGACGCCGACGGGGUGUUGGUGGUCAGAAGCCGCAGGCACCCCUUCGUGGUGUACUGGACAUGGUCGUUUGGGAAACUAGAGGAGCUCGUGUCGGCGCUGACCGCGCUGCUAGAGAUGGACCCACGGACGCGGGGGAAGCCCACGUUCGUGGACAACGACCAGGAGGUGUCCUUCACGUACACCUUGCUGGACGAGUCUGCUAGUGAAAACUUUAUCGACGAUACGACAUAUAAUAAACCCGAUUUUUCUUGUUAUCAGUGA